GGCGACACAGAAGAAGAAGCUGCUGCUGUAAGUGCUACAGCUAGGCAUCAUCAUGCCUGCUGCUGUGAUUAUGGAGGAAAAUUUUGAUAAGUUAUUAGAGCAGUGUGAAGCUCAAGAGCUCGAGGCUCCAGGGGGCAUUGCAACACCUCAAGUCUACGCUCAGUUGCUGGCGCUCUAUUUACUUCAUAAUGACAUGAAUAAUGCCAGGUAUCUAUGGAAACGGACUCCCCAAGCAAUAAAAUCGGCAAACCCUGAAUUGACAGCUAUUUGGGCUGUUGGCCAACGCAUUUGGCAGCGAGACUUUCCAGGGAUCUACACCGCCAUCGCAGCUUACCAGUGGUCAGAGAACAUCCUUCCGGUUAUGGAGGCCCUUCGAGAGAGCACGCGGCAAAGGGCGUACAGUCUAGUGGCUCAGGCAUACACUUCCAUCACGGCAGAAGAUUUCGCCGCCUUUGUGGGAUACUCUGUGGAAGAGGCAGUAAAAGGUGUGGUGAGCCAGGGCUGGCAGGCGGACCCCGCUACCCGGAUGGUGAUGCCCAAAAAGCCAGAUCCUCCCCCCGUCUCGUUGGUUCCAAAUGAGCAGCAGUUGGCCAGACUCACUGACUACGUGGCUUUCCUCGAGAACUGAUAACCCACCACAGCCACUGCCACCCCCUUUUUUUUGCUUGCUUGGUACAGAGGGAGGACACAAGUUCGGAUAGACUCUUCUUCCUUCCUGCAAAGACCCACUCCCUGAUAAAGACGUACCAAAAACACACCCAUCAUCCUGCAUGAAUGCUGCAAGCUCUUCUCCAAGACCUGCCUAUUUAUGUUCAUUGACUCAUUUAGCUUCCCUCGUUAGUUCAUGUGCUGAAAAUUGGCCAUCUUUCACUCACAAUGUUGUAUUAUACUAUUUUCUGUUCCCUUCCUCUCUGCACCCCAGCUGAUGUACAAAUUUGGGUCUGAUUUUGAAGGAGGGUAAUACAGGAAUUAUGUUUCCCACGACUGUCGGUAUGUUUUUAUUGCUAACCUAACAAACCCUUCCCUCAUGAUAGAAACACACAAACUCGUAUGUACAGUACGUCCACUCUGUCACCAUGAAACAGGCUGUCAGGUAACAGAAGUCUUGGCAUGCAUGCAUCAACGUUUGGAUUUCAGACCUCAUAUUUUGAAGUUAAUGUUUGACUGGUGAAUAAAUAUUUUGCUGUUUCUAA